AUGCUCGCCAUGUUCCGCAACAAGGUCCUCGUGCGCGCCGGCCCCUCCUCCUCCUCCACACCACCGCCGCCGUUCAUCCUCCGCCAGAGAUGCCAGUCUGCUGCGGCCGCGGAGGUGGCCUCCGAAAUCGCGGCAGCCUUCCUGGACGCCUCAGUUGGUGAGGAGGAGGAGGUGGUGUGUUCGGGCGCACUGGUUGCAAAAGCAGUUGAGUGUGGACUGCGAUGUUUGAUGCUCGAGCGUGGAUGGAGGUUUGUUGGGGGGAGCAUAUUCGUCGACUCCACAUUUGCUGCGACCGAGGAGAGGACUGAUCUGCGCGCGUUGAAUGUGGAAGUCAGAUCUGGACUAAAUGAUGAUUACGAGUUUGUUGUCUCACCUGAUGCAUUUCGGUUUACUGCACUUAAGAUCUCUGAUGUUGCUAGCUCCAGUGUGAUGGAAACAUUCCAACGCACUGAGGAAGUAAGUUUGGAUGGUUGUAGCCCCCUGACAGCUUGUGCAAUUCUUCCAACAUUACAGGAAGGUCAUGUGAUAGGGCAGAGCUUGGACAACUUUACGGAGCUUUGUGCAGUUAAGGUGGCAUAUUUGGCAUUUUAG